AUGGUGAGCACCGAGUACCUGAAGGCCAUGGUGAGCACAACGGUAAACACCUCCGGGCCAUGGGGAGCACCUCAGGGCCACAUGAGCAUCCUAGGGCCACGUCAGCACGAUAAUUCCGAACGAGUUCUGGGAAGUAAGAGUAGCAACGGCUUGCAGAGAACAGUGUCGUCGGAAUCAACUGACUCAGGCUGUGCUUUGGAUUCCCCCGGUCCUCUGACUCCAGACGACAUCGUGGAAGAAACGUUUGAGAAAACAAUUCUUGAAUCUAGCAGACUGAACAUUCGACUGCCUCUCAGAAGGAUCCAUUCACUGCCACAAAGGCUCCUGGGCUGCAGUCCUGCUCUGAAGAGAAACCAUUCAGAUUCUCUGGAUUGUGAUGCUUUUCAACUAUCAGAACAAGAUGAAAACAAGGAGAAUGAAUCAUUUGAGUUUAAGAAGCCAACCAGGCCAGUUUCUCGUAGCUCUGUGCGUGUCCAUUCCCAUGAUGGAAAAGAUGUUCUCGGCCAAAGGCAGAGCUCAGCCCCAGCUCAGAUAUUUCCCACUGGAGAAGUACCCACGGGUGACCUGGAGAACUACAGGCCAGCUUUCCUGCAGCAGUCUCUAAACUCUUCUGAAAGUGAAGAUGAUGAUGGGUUCCUGGAACUGUUAGAUGAUCGAGACUUGAAGAACGAUGAGGAGGUGCCAUCUGAUGUGGCGAGCCUCUGGACUGCGCCCCUAGUCAUGAGGAAAACGGACAAUCGGGGCAAACGAUGCCGGCUGUUUGGUUCUUCAUCUGUGCCCAGUGUAGGCAGAACUACCCAAAAAAGAAUAGAGAGAUCCCAGGAGGAGAAUUCUCCCGGGAAGAGUAAGAAGAGGAGGAGCCUGCCUGGAACGCUUUCUGAAGACUCAACGAGUUUGAAAAUGGUAAGGACACAAUCUUCUUCAGCAGAGAUUGAGAGCAUUUUGGACAGUGACCAGAGAGACCUUAUUGGUGACUUCUCAAAGGGUUACUUAUUCCACACUGUGGAUGGGAAACAUCAAGAUUUAAAAUAUAUCGACUCAGAAAUGAUUGUGUCCGUGCUGACUGGGAAGUUUGCAAGCUUCAUCAAGGAAUGUGUGAUAAUUGAUUGUAGAUACCCAUAUGAAUAUGAAGGAGGCCACAUUAAGGGUGCUGUAAAUCUUCAUAUGGAAGAGGAUGUGGAAGAUUAUUUGCUUAAGAAGCCAAUCCUGCCAUCGGAGAACAAACGAGUGAUAAUAGUGUUCCACUGUGAAUUUUCUUCCGAGCGAGGUCCUCGAAUGUGCCGGUUUGUGAGAGAGCGAGACAGGCUGGGUAAUGAGUACCCCAAACUCCACUACCCGGAAUUGUAUGUUCUGAAGGGGGGUUACAAGGACUUCUUUUUAAGAUGUCGUAGCUUCUGCGAGCCCCAGAGCUAUCGCCCCAUGCACCACGAGGACUUCAAAGAAGACUUGAAAAGGUUCCGCACCAAAAGUCGAACGUGGGCUGGUGAGAAGAGCAAAAGGGAGUUGUACAGUCGCUUGAAAAAACUCUAAGGGCUGAACCAAACGGCCAAAGACUGCCCGUCGUGGGGGAAGGUUGUAGCGGGAGGGGAGACGCGUCUAUUCCUUGCUUGGGGUUAUCAGGUACCUGCUCUCUCCUCGUCUGAUGUCUUACUGGAAAUACUGUGGAACUUGCACUCGUGCUCACAGGUGUGAGCCUGGUGACCUGGAUGCUGAUUCAGAGCUGACUCUUAAUGUUUUUUGUUAAGCCGCUUGGUAAAAAUGGCUCCUUGCUUUCUGUGACAUCCACAGACGAACUGCCCAACAGUCUGCCCCGCAGAGGGGUGGGAAGAGUUCGUCGUGUGCCAUGUAUGUGGGUCUCAGCCUGGCAUGUGGUGUAAACAGGAUAUUUUAGUGCCUGGGGGGUUUUAAAUUUUUUUUUAAUGCCUUAUUUUAUUUAAAUACAGUCAAAUGAAGCUAAUACCACUGCAAUAGAAUCAUCUGGAUUGUGCUCAAACCUUAUUUCUGCUAAAGGGCAGCCUGCUGUAGGGGGCUUCUAGUUUUUUUUUCUCAGCUGCAGCUCUGAUUCAGGGUUCUGGUAGCAUAAUGCAUUGCAGUGAAGUAAGAUGGGAAGUAGCUCUUCACAGUUAGGGUUUACAAAGCUCAACUGCUGCAUUACACUGAGAAGCCUCUUGAAGGCAAUCUAAGGGAAAACUGCUUAUUGUACAUAGGUAUCAUGUUCUCCUAAUUUAUUUAAUCUAGAUUGCUUUAUUCUAAAGAAGUUUCAAAGUAGGCAGAAUUUCUGGGAACUGAAAUUAAUUCAAAAAUGGGCAUUUUCAGGUGAUCUCAAAAAUACCAUGUGGCAAAGCACUUGCUGGUUUCCUUAACAACAGCAGUUUACUGCUGCUUGCUUCAAGGUUAUGUAUUAUCCCAAAACAUGCCCAGUAAAGCAUCUGGCUGGGGAAUCAUGCUAAUCCCAUUGGCACGCCUCUCCUGAGGCUGCUCUGAAGCUGCUCCUGCGCCGAGGGUUUGACUUCAGAUGUUUGCCAGUUACAGAGUAGUAGAAGAUCCUUCUGCCAAAAAAAAAAAAAGUCCCUUUGUCAGGAAGUAUAAAAAAGAAAUCUCUGAAAGGAGGAGAAAAUGCUAUGCCCCAGCUGAGCCCUGUGGGUUACCCACCGAAAGCAGGUCCACGCUCCCCUGGCAAACCAGCGCCACGAGGCAGGCCAGCCGCGUGCUGGUAGCUCGUCCUCCACCCAUGCAAAUGUCUCAGUGAAACCCCUGCUCCUGCAGGGAGGGCUGCAGCCUGGGAACGGCCGUGCACCCCGGGGCUCUCUGCUGGGUUGCUACUUUAGCAGAAAUCUCGAUGCUUCAUGUGGCUUGAUUCGUACCGUGCAAGCCAGUCUUGCAUGCAGUUGUAUUUAUGUCAAAAAAUACUGCAAUGGAGGUGGUUAUGUGGAGUUUUAACUUGAUUUUUAAGCUAUUUCUUAGGACUUGCAGUUAAUCCUCUUCAGAAGUGAACGGAUAAAUUUUAAACUCUUGAAUGAAUUCUGAUUUUAGAAAUAACAAUUUUUGCUGGCCUCUCAUAAAGCUGAAUACUUUGAAUACUAAGAAAACUAAGAAGUGCUAAAUCAGAAAGGACGUUUACUAAACUGCUCUUUGGGGCAGCAAGCAUAUCCCACAUCUCACCCGGAGGGCCCGAGUUCCCAGCGGAAGCCCCUGAGGUGACCUGGAGGCCUGAGCGGUACGAGGGGGUGGUGUGCCCGUGAGUCAGCCGCGAGGGCCGGCGCUCCUGCGACCCAGGCAGGAGCCUGAGUGACCGCAACUGCUUUUUGAUGCAAGUCCCAUUGCGCUGAACCAAAGUGGUAAAUCAUCCGUUUGGCAAGAGCCUUGCGGACGGUUGCUUUAUGUGAAAGUUAACUUGCUAGCCACCCUCCCGCCAAAAAAAAAAAAAAAAAAAAGGCAGAUGGAGAUUGUUUACUGAGUCGUAAUGCUCUUUUCUGGGCUCGCUCAUCUGCAGCUUCUGCAGCAAAACCAUUAUAGCAAUCUGGCUUUACCGUUGCACUUCCAUGUCUCUAAGUCAGCUAAUUAUUCCAAACUUCCUGAUAUUCAGGAAGCUAAAUGUGUUGUGGGUGUUGCUGUGGUGUGGGUCCAGCAGCACAGAGGGCUUGAGCCGGCGUGUCUGCGUGGUGUAGACGUGCGUGGGGAGGUGCUGGGGUGGGGACGGGGCCCCUCGCUUUGUACCCGACCCGCUCUUCUCCUGCGCGCCGCGUUCACGCGCCCCGGGGUGCGAAGGGGAGGCCGCAGCAGUGUGCGUCUCUGAACAGCGUCUGUAUGGAAGCGGCCUGCGCUCGCGAUAGGCUGCUGCAGGCUACGCGAAUAAAGUACUUAAACUCCA